AUGGAGAUGCCAUGCAGCCCUGGUAUCGUGCUUCACCUUUCCCGAGUCGCUUUGCCUAAGCCCUUCAGAUACGCCUUGCUUGUGCUCGACCCCCUCUCAGCGUGGGGCCUAUUGCAAGGGCCUCUGUACGUGCGCACUUUGAGCCUUCUCCACAAACCCAGCGCAGACCGUUGAUCGCUGUUUGAUCGCGCACACCAAGAGUGGUAGCGGUAGCGUAGCGUGA